CGUACAUUUUGUUUUUCCAUGGACGCCAUUGAAGAAGCUUGGAGGAAGCUCUAUCCAUUAAUAAUAAAUCCAUAAUUCAUUUAUAUAAUUGGAAUCAACAACCUCACUCCUCUCUGUUUCCUUCCUUUUUUAGAUACAUCACAAAAUUUAUUAAAUCAUCCAUUUUUAUUUUUUAUUUUAAAUUAUACAUACAUACAUGUAUAUAUGUGAGAUUCUGUUUUGAGAAUUUUUUCUCCGGAUUUGUUUGUUAAUUAAUUGAUUGGUUGAUUGAUUGAUGGAUCGUCGCGAAGAUGAUGAGAAUUUGGGCGGCGGCGGAGGGGAUAUAGAGCACGACGGCGGCGGUGGUGGAGUGGGUGGGUAUUUGUACGAGAGAAGAGACAGCAAUGCGUCGUCGUUUUGGGAUAGGGAAGGCGGCGCGGUGAGAGAGCCGUUGUUGAAUCUGAGGAGCAGAGUCAACACCACCUCUCAGAUUGCCAUUGUUGGCGCCAAGGUUUAUCCCAUCGAGAGCCUCGAUUACGAGAUUUUCGAAAAUGAACUCAUUAAGCAGGAUUGGAGAACCAGAAAAAGGAUCGAGAUUUUUCAGUACGUUUUCCUCAAAUGGACGCUUGCUCUUCUCAUCGGAUUAUUCACAGGCGUUGUCGGCUUCUUCAAUAACCUUGCAGUCGAAAACAUUGCUGGUGUCAAACUUCUCAUCACUAGUAAUUUAAUGCUCAAGGAAAAAUACUAUCAGGCAUUCGCAGCAUUUGCUGGAAUAAAUAUGAUACUUGCAGUGUCUGCUGCUGCGCUAUGUGCAUUCAUUGCCCCGGCAGCAGCGGGGUCCGGCAUACCCGAGGUUAAAGCCUAUCUUAACGGUGUAGAUGCUCAUUCCAUUUUGGCUCCGAGUACCUUAUUUGUCAAGAUUUUUGGUUCUAUUUUUGGAGUUGCUGCUGGACUUGUGGUUGGUAAGGAAGGUCCAAUGGUACACACUGGUGCGUGUAUAGCAAAUUUACUUGGACAAGGUGGGUCCCGCAAGUAUCGUUUAACUUGGAAAUGGCUCAGAUUCUUUAAAAAUGAUCGAGACAGAAGGGAUUUGAUCACCUGCGGUGCUGCUGCUGGUGUAGCUGCUGCUUUUCGUGCUCCAGUUGGUGGUGUACUUUUCGCUCUUGAAGAAGCAGCUUCAUGGUGGCGAAGUGCUCUUCUUUGGCGGACAUUCUUCACAACUGCAGUUGUGGCUGUGGUGUUAAGAUCAUUCAUAAGCUUUUGCCGAAACGGAAAUUGCGGACUAUUUGGACAAGGAGGUCUAAUCAUGUUCGAUGUAAACUCAGAAAUCCCUGCUUACAACACCCCUGAUCUGCUUGCGGUUAUACUAAUUGGUGUUCUUGGUGGCCUUUUGGGAUCUCUUUACAAUUAUCUUGUGGACAAAGUCCUCAGAACUUAUAGCUUCAUCAACGAGAGAGGCCCUGCUUUCAAGAUCUUGCUAGUUAUCGCCAUCUCCCUUCUAACAUCAUGCUGUGCAUACGGCCUUCCAUGGAUUGCACAGUGCACGCCCUGCCCCACCGACUCCGACAAAGAGUGCCCCACAAUCGGACGUUCCGGAAACUACAAGAACUUCCAAUGCCAGCCUGGACACUACAACGACCUCGCCUCUCUCUUCCUCAACACAAACGACGACGCAAUUCGCAACCUCUUCAGCUCCGGCAACAAAAACGAGUUCCACAUCACAACCCUCUUCAUUUUCUUCACCGGAAUAUACUUUCUCGGAAUCAUCACCUACGGAAUCGCAGUACCCUCCGGGCUGUUCAUCCCCGUCAUACUCGCCGGAGCUUCCUACGGCCGCCUCGUCGGGCGGCUGAUGGGCUCUUUUUCCAGCUUAGAUGUUGGCCUGUUCGCCUUACUAGGAGCCGCUUCAUUUCUCGGUGGGACCAUGAGAAUGACUGUAUCUCUUUGUGUUAUACUUCUUGAACUCACUAAUGAUUUAUUAAUGCUGCCUUUGGUUAUGCUUGUGCUUCUUAUUUCGAAAACGGUGGCGGAUUGUUUUAAUAAGGGCGUUUAUGACCAGAUUGUGAAGUUGAAAGGGUUGCCUUAUUUAGAGGCCCAUGGUGAACCGUACAUGAGGCAUCUUUCUGCAGGUGACGUUUGUUCUGGACCGUUGAUUGUUUUUUCGAGCGUCGAAAAAGUGGGGAAUAUUAUGCACGCGCUUACGAUGACUAGGCACAACGGGUUUCCGGUGGUGGACGAGCCUCCGUUCGUGGAGGCUCCAGAACUUUCCGGGCUGGUUUUGAGGUCACACUUGCUUGUUCUGCUGCAAAGGAAAAAGUUUACGAAGAACAGAGUUUUGAGUGGUUCGGAGCUUCUGACAGUUUUUCAUGCAUUCGAUUUUGCUAAACCUGGGUCCGGGAAGGGGCUUAAAGUGGAGGAUUUGGAUCUGAGUGAGGAGGAAAUGGAGAUGUAUGUUGAUUUGCAUCCGGUUACUAAUACUUCUCCUUACAUGGUUGCGGAUACUAUGUCUCUUGCUAAAGCUGCUGUCUUAUUUCGGGAACUCGGACUUAGACACUUGUGUGUUGUCCCGAAAACACCUGGGAGGCCUCCAAUUGUGGGAAUCUUGACGAGGCACGAUUUUAUGCCGGAGCAUGUUUUGGGACUCUAUCCACAAAUUGCUCACCAGAAGUAGUCAGUCAAAUUGGACUGGCCUUCGAAAAAAAAUGCCAUUUUUUUUUUCUUUUUUUGGGAUUUACAGUCGUUUUGUCUAUCUGACGAGAUUGAUGACUGGACGACGAAGACGAAGCCUCGUUCGGCUGUCGAGGAGUUUCUUCCUUGGCUGGCCUGCAGAAUUCGAAGCUUUGGUUUCCCACAUGUAUGUAUUUAUGUAUACUUGCAUAUUCGUUACUGAAAUAAGACAAUUUUUUUGGUGGACUUUACACAAUAGUGGAUAGUUCACUCAUUUGGUUUUUUUGUAUGAACUCAAAAUAUUUAUUUUGCACAAAUAUGUUGUUGACAUGAAUAAUGUCAAAUUGUCAAUUGUUGUGAGUGUUGCUGGGAAUAAAAUUUGUGUAUCAAUAG